UGUGUGUGUGUGUGUGUGUGUGUGCGCAUGUGUUGUUUCUCCUCUACAAACCAGAAUUUCUCCUUUCGUAUGUCUGAGAAAGAGAUCCCGGUCCACCUACAGUACCUUCCUGACCUACAUACUCUCCACCACUGCAUUCCUUCAUCUGUGGCGGACUCCAGCGAGAGUGGUUCGACUGCGGCGGGGCAGAAAAAUCAUUCUCCUUUUUUUUUUCCAAGGGUUGUUUUUUUGGACAACUACCCCCCCCCCCCCACCCACAUAUAACUAGAUUUCUUUAUGCAUACGUUGGUGUGGACGAGUCUCUCUCAGUUUGGCCCGCCGAAAAACCGCCACCUUUACUUUAAUCAAGCCCCUGGCAGCAGCACAUAGGAAAUAGAUUCGGCAGCCAUUUGAAAUGUAAUAUCGCGACUGCGAAAGACAUUUCUUUGCCGGCCUCCUAUGCUCCAAGUCCCGAGUCUCCUCAUCACUCUGUGUGUGCACGGGACACAGGCAGACAGAAACAGACCGAGCAGGAGAAUGUUGAGAAAUCUGGGCAUACGUACACCAACCGGGACCUCUGUGCCCCUCCCGCACAUUCUCAGCAGAGCGUGGGCAUUCAUGCCAGCUGGUCCUGGAGUAGGAGGCCUGGACUGCUACGUUUGUGUGAUGGACCACAAAGACAGAGAAAAAUUGCUUUUUCGAGCCCCAUUCUCAUUGAUAGUCUUUCAGAUUCAGAUAUGUUUUUCUCAUUAUUUCAAUCAGCCCUGAAUCAAACCGUUAUUUGAUUACAUUUUGAAAUAUAAUCUGCAUACACUCAGUGGGUUUGUCAUUAAGAGAGGUAUGAGGUAUACUUUAUAACCUGUUCAAAUACCUUGAAGCUUUGACUAUUUUGCUAGCCCUGGGCACCAACAUAGCAGUUGAGCUAUCAGUAGUAUGCAGUGUUUUUUUUCUCCAUACAGUCAGGUGUUAUUGGCCUGUUUCUCUAGCAAACAUUCAGUAUUGUCUUAGCACUGUAGCCCUUGUUUCUGAGUGUUCAGUUUGCCUCCGUAGUGGUUCUGUAGUUUUCAGGGUUGUGUGAUACUGCUUUCAAGUGCAGUUCACUGCUGUACAAAACUGAUAUAUAUAUAUAUCAGCAUGCUUACAAUUAGCUACUUUAGAGCAUUUGUAUUUAUAGAUUUAAAUGAGGGUUUCACUAAAAGUAGGACUGAUUGAAAAUUAAAUUAAAUACACUGUGAGAUCCUAAUUUAAUUUUAAAUGUCAGCUCAAUUAAUAACGAUAAUGUAUGCCGUAUGGAUAUAACAGGUUUUAAUAUUUAAUUAUAAUUCACUCUCUGAUUGUCAUUUUUUUACAGAACCUGAUACGUCUCAUAAAACUUAAACAAAUUUGUUUUAGGUCUCAAAUUAUUUCUGUAAACCCUAGCAUCAUGCAUUCCUGGUCUGGUUGGUUGAAACUGAUGGCUAUUUUAAAUACAUUUAGGACAGCAGUAGGAUGAAAGUCAAGCGUCACCUGUGUGGAUAUACUGUCUGCUUAAAUAUUAGCUUUCGGGGAACCCUGAGAAGAGUAUGGCAGAUUUAGAUGGAUGAAAGGGGCUGUGAAACGUUACUGAAGCGAACAUUUGGACAGUUUGAAGCUGGUGGUCCACCCUGUUAAUUAUGACCCCACAGGUUCAACUUAGCAGCCUGUAGUUUAAAAAAAAAAUGUUUUAUUAACCUCAGAUGAGUGGCCUUGUUUGCCUAGUGGCCCCUUUGAUGGGCAGGAUGUGGUUUGAGUUUUAACACAGAUGUCAGAUUAUCCCAUAAACUGGUUACUGUAAAGGUAAAAUAAAGAUGCUUUGUGUACAUAGAGGGCUAUACCCUGCUGAAUUAAAUAUAUCAUGUACUACCAGUGUGCAUGUGUGUUUUAGCAUGUUCAGAGGUUCUUGUGGACAAAUAAUAAUGGUCUUUUAUUUUUUAUUAUUAUAAUUUUUUUACAGAACCUCUGAAGAAGAUCUCUCCUGAAUCAGAUGAAAUCAGACUUUCUCCAGAGAUGAUAAGACAUGUUUGUGCUUUUGGAUGCUAUCCGCAAACAUCUGACGGUAUCUUUUGUGGAUCAAUAAUGAAGACAAUGACAAGAGAAGACCAGUUCACAAUGAACAGCAAGAACACUCCAUGAGAGACAUUUGUACAUUUCAUCUGUAUGACCAUCUCCUGUCUGUCUGUGUGGUCUGGGAAAGCCACACGAACCCAAGGUCUGUAGUCAAGGCUGUAGCCCCAUUUUAUGGAGGCCUUGCAUAACCAGCUGAAUGCUGGGGAGACGUCUGGAGGUGAAGACCAGCCUCAGUGUACAUCUCCCUCAGUGAGCUGUUCCUCUCAGCCCUCUGCCUCCCAUCAGAGCAACCCAGCGCAGGAUGCAGACUCCAAGCUUCAUCGCCAUGGAAAUCCAUCCAAACCACCCAGACGUCAGCUGGGAAGGAAACGCCUCCGACUUCAGAGGAAACAUGCUCAGGACGCAGAGACUUUCAAGGAAGAUAAGCUCGCGGGGACAUCAAAAGAUGCUGGGCUGUCUCCAGGCAACAAGCGUGGGGGUUCCAUCCAGGUGUCCAAGGAUGACCCCUCAGGUGUUCCCGUUAUUUCUUCAAGCAGUUCAGCUCCAUCUCAUACUGCGGAAGAGGCCCAGGAGGGAAUGCCGAAGCAGAAACGUGAGCGUAAGCCACAGAAGCCUGGGAAAUACGUGUGCAGCUACUGUGGUCGAGCCUGCGCCAAGCCCAGCGUGCUCCAGAAGCACAUUCGCUCCCAUACCGGGGAGAGGCCUUACCCUUGCGCCCCCUGUGGCUUCUCCUUCAAGACCAAGAGCAACUUGUACAAGCACCGCAAAUCGCACACUCACAGGGUCAAAGCCGGCCUGGCCCCGUCCGGCAAAGAUGAACCAGCCAUGAGUGGCAAGGAGGAGCCCUUGACGGAUUCGGAGGAUGAAUCUAACCGGCCGCCAUCAACCAGUUUAGCAAAGAAACAGGGAAUGUUGCCCUCGCAAGCACCUCAUGGCGUCGAGACACGCCCCACUGAGCAAUCACAGGGGCUGGGAGACUCCAUUGCAGUUAAAAAAAGGCUCGCAAUGAGACUGAGUAAGACCAAGCAAGCUCCACCAGUGGACUCAUCGGAUGACAUUUCUUCUUCGCUGGGUUUGGGAAGUCGUGGUAGCACGGAAUCAGGCUACUUCUCUCGUUCGGAGAGCACAGAGCAGUCUCAAGACAGCCCUCCAAACUCCAGUGCCAAAAGCUAUGCUGAAAUCAUCCUUGGCAAGUAUGGGCGCCUGGGACAUCUGCAGAGGGCUUCCCGUAACCAGCAGCAGCAGUCAGGCGGACAAGAGGGGAAGGGCAUCCCUUUCAGCCUUCCCAAAAAGCAAGUCAUCGACCACAUCACAAAGCUCAUCACCAUCAACGAGGCUGUGGUGGACACCAGUAAAAUUGACAGUGUCAAACCCAGAAGGUUCUCCCUUUCCAGGAAAAGCAGCUCAGAGUCGGUCAAGGCCUGUGCUCUGAAAGAACCCCUUGUGCACUACCCUAAAGUAACUGAAGCUGGAUCCAAGGGCAGCGGGUCUAUUACUCUGGGAGUUCCAUGUCAAAAGUUCCAACAGCAGGGCUUAAAUAUAGAACAGUCUUCUGGCCCGGCCUCUGCUGCACCACUUUUGAGGAGUCUUUCAGUCCCUUCUGCCUCUUGUGUGAGCACAAUAGAUGCUCCCCGCCACCUCAGGCUCAGCCAAUCAUUUGAUGAGCAGUCACCGAACCAGACGAAUCGGCGCCAUGGCUUGCUUCGCCGCCAACCAGCAAUUGAGCUGCCCAUUGGUAGCGAUUUCACCGCUGAGAAACUGCCCACUACGUGCUCUGUUCCAUACCUCCAAGACAUGCUUACCGUGCCUCACCAAAAACCAAGACAGAUUCAACCGUAUGAGUGUGAAGAAUGUGGCACUGGCUGCAAAGACUGGGAGAGUUACAAGACGCACAGACGACAGAUGUGCAAGGUGCACCAAACACAGAAGGUGCAGCCAGUUUCUGUACAGGAGGAGAAUCCUGUAAGGGUACACUUCAUGAGCAGGCCUGGGGCUUUGGUGAUGCGAAAGAGAAGAAAAGAGGACAGUCUUGAGCUUGAUGAUCCCUGUUCCCCAAUAGCCUUGUCCUCUACAUCUGGGACAAGCUCUGCAAUUGUCGGAGAAAUAACCAGCAAGACUUACGAAGGACCUAAUCUAGGAAACAUUGGAUUAAGGCUGGAGAAAGACCCUGAGAGAUCCUUAAAGGGGAUAUCAGUGAUCCAACAUACAAGUUCAUUUGAGAAGCAAGAGGGCAGUAUGUUUGUGAAAAGUCAAGUAAAAGAUGAACUAGAUACAUGUGCCUCUUAUGACAUGCACCAUUCAACAUCACCUCAAUCAUCAGAGCAGCAAUCAUCAAAGCCAAGCUUUCGCAAGUUGGUACGCCAGCAUAACGUCCAAGUGCCAGAGAUCCUGGUCACAGAGGACACAAACGUCAUUCCAAUGUCCCCAUCUGCAUCCGUUUCCACAGCCAAAGAGGCAGAGAGAACAGAAGAGUUUCAGUGGCCCCAAAGAAGCUCCACCCUGGCUCAGCUUCCCAUUGAGAAGCUUCCCCCUAAAAAGAAGCGUCUUCGGUUGGCAGAAGCAGCCCAAUCCUCUGGGGAAUCCAGCUUUGAAUCCCUGUCCUUGCCUCGCAGUCCGAGUCAAGAUAGCAACAUAUCCCACGUGUCUAGCCGUUCUGUGUCAUUUGAGGACUCAGGGAAACCUGAUGUGGAGAUGACCUCUGCUAGGAGAUCCAGGGCGACUCACACGUUAGCCCUUCCUUCUAGUUCUCACCACCACCACAGGGAGAUGAGGCGUUCCGCUUCAGAGCAAGCGCCCCACGUUCCACAGCAGAGCACCCCAAUUUUGGAAGUCCGUAGUAAGUCCUUUGAUUAUAGCUCCCUGUCUCCGGAUCGCACGCCGGCUGGCUGGAGGGAAAGGCGCAAAUGUCUCCUGUUGAAGCACACUAAAGUGUGGGAUCCAGACGAGGAGGAACAGCUCUGCCAGCAAACAACAAGUGGUAGCAUGCCAAGUGCUAGCAUGCCAACUAUUAGCAUGCCAACUGUUAGCAUGCCAGGUAUUAGCAUGCCCAGUGUUACAUCCAGUUCCUCCAUGAAGUUAAAUCCCAGACCCCCUGAGCCCCCGUGCACCUCCACAUCCCAUAAUACAUCUCCGGUUCACACUCACUGCCAAAAACCACCAGCGCUAUGGCAACAAGAUCCACCUCACCAGAUAUGCGAGUUGCCAGAGGUGUCAUCAAAUCCGUCACCAGAUCAUGUGCAAUUGCAACAAGCAACACCUGUUGUUUACAUGGGACUAGGGGGCAUUUCACUCAGCUCUGCCCAUCCUACCCAGGGUCACUCUGGGGCAGCACGGGCCCAUUACUCCCCUGGGUCUUCAGGUCUCAAACUUGAAAUCCCUGCCAGAGACCCACCCGAGCAGCCGGAACUGAGAGGAUCGUUUUCGUCCCAGGUGCCAGUCCACCCGUUCCAACACCAGCGCGUUUACUUUACCAUCACACCCAACUCUGAGCAACUGAGGCCUGUGGGAAUGCAGACAGUAGCAGUCCGUGUCCAAGGGGACAUCCCAACCCAUGCUAGUGCCAUUUACACCGCACUCUCUCAUAAUGCAGUAACUCAAUCUCAGGAGCUUAGUUCAACUGCAAACCAUAACGUGACCUUAGAUGUGGCUGUCCCGAGUUUAGACCACAGUAACCCACUGACGGCAACCCCCGAUGCCCUGUUACAGGGAUGUAGGGCAGUAGGUUCUGGAGGAAACAAGCGUAUGCUGUCUCCAUCAAAUAGCAUGGAGCUUGGCCACGAAGUGCAGCAGCAACAGAAACGAGUGAAAGAAGAAGACAAGGGGGAAGAAGUAGAAGAGGAUAACAGCAAAGAAGAUGCCACACAACAUUCAAACCAAGUCAAUGCCGAGCCAGCCACAGAGUCAGCUGGCCAAGCCAGUCCCCACAGCCUUUUCUCUCCCACCAACAGCAAAGAGACGUCGAUGCCUACUCUUCACACAAAGCCCGAAUUCAGCUGGUGCUAUCUCAACUACGCCAAGCCGAGCCCUUCCCCUCAGAGCGACCAUCAGGCCUCGGUGUACUCCUCAUGGUCCACCAGUGCCUACAACCCCAACCCUCCAGGUCUCAGCAGUAAAGAGGUGCUCUCGCUUCUGCACUGCAAGCAGGGACACUCCUCCGUCACCUACACCACGGCCCCGAUGUCGCCCCCAGGGGAGGAGAAGGAAGGACCAGCGGAAUCCAGGAAGCCGAGUGGGACUGAGGUACACGCCACUCGGCACAAGCGUCCUAGUGAGGCAAGGGGAGUUUGGUCAACAGAGGACGUGAAGAAGGAGGAGGAAGAAGAAGAGGAGGAGGAGAAGGUGGAGAAGGAUGAGGAGACGGGGGAGGAGAGGAGGGAGAAAUUACUAAUAACCUCUAAACCUAUCGAGCCUCCUCGUCUUCAGAUCUGCGAAGGAGGCUAUAAGUCGAAUGAAGAGUAUGUGUACGUGCGCGGGCGAGGAAGAGGCAGGUACGUGUGUGAGGCGUGUGGCAUCCGCUGCAAGAAGCCCAGCACGCUUCGCAAACACAUCCGUCUGCACACAGACCAGAGGCCCUACAUCUGCCAGCACUGCAACUUCGCCUUCAAAACCAAAGGGAACCUCACCAAACACAUGAAGUCAAAGGCCCAUGGGAAGAAGUGUCAUGAAGGACGUGUCCCUAACUCUCCAUCAGAUGAGCUAGAGACGGGGGAGGAAGGUGGCAGUGAAGGUUGCUCAGUCAGGACGGAGGCACUCGAGGAACACCAGUUUUCUGAUGCUGAGGACACAGAGGGAGAAGACGACGAGGAGGAGGAUGAGGAUGAGGAGGAAGAAGAUGAUGACGAUGAUGAUGAUGAAGAUGUAGAGAGUGAGCCAAAGGAAGGUCCUUCAGAUGUCCGUGGACACCACGUCAGUGCCUGCUUGGCGUCGUCACCCCCCAGGACUGAAGACACCUCCCAGGCCGGUCUCUCAGACCCAUCCGGGGACAGACAUCACUUCUCCAGCCAUCACUCCCUGACGGCCACGGUCACGGUCCCACGGCCACACCCGGAGCCCAGGAGUGGCAGCUGCUCGUCCCCCAUCCUCAGCCUCUCCCCAGGCCGCUGUCUGUCCCCUGCCCUGCCCCAGUCCAUCUCCCUCUGCCCUUCCCCCAGGAGAGAAGCCUCCAGCCCCGUACCCCAUCCACCCCUCUCCCCCUCUCAGUGUCGACUAUCACCCUCUCCGACGGGUCAGUCUCCGGGUGGACGUGCCUCGUCCCCCUCUGGAUGUCAGCGGUCCCCUCUCCCAGGGAGGCACCUCUCCCCUGGAAGGGACUCGGCAUCCUUUGUGCCCCAGUCGGCCCGAGGCUCCGCUGGGUGUCCAGCGUCCGAUCCCGCUUUCCCCACAUCCAUCUCUGGGUCCUCCUCUCCGCACAGGGCACCCAAGCCCAGAUACAAAGCCUCCCCCAGUGGGAUGAGCUGUGUGGCUGUACAGGAGGCGUUUUCUCCCGGGGAGGCAGUGAUGUGUCUGCCGCCGUCCCAACUCUCAGUCCUCCGCAGCCACCACCACCACCACCAUCACCACCCUACCCGGUCCGCUCUCCCCAGCGAGGGCUGCUGCCUCCUCAGCCACCUGCCCCUUCACUCCCAGCCUCCCGCCCGGCGCCCCAGCCUGCUCAUACCCAUCGGGGGGAUCCACAUGGUCCAGGCCAGGAGCGGCUACCGCCUUGCCCCAGCUCUGAGCCCCGCGCCGGGCCACACGCAAACCGAGGAGUCCCCGUCCCGCCGGAGCCCCAGAACAAUGGUGGUGGCCGGCUCGUCCAAUCACAGGAACCGAAAUGCUGAGGAAUCCACAGCUGGCCAAUCAGGACCGUCGCCAAACAAAGAAGGAGGUCACAACGUGUGUUCGAAGAGCCAGGAGGACGCGCUCCAGAGACCCGAGAGCUCGAUGCAAACACCUGGCUGCGUGCCCAGAGCCCAACACACACACACGCACACACACACACACACACACACUGUCCCAGACAAGCACCUUAACUGCACAUGACAGAUCUGAAAACAAAAGUCAAGAAAUCAAACUUGAAACACAGCUUCUCUGCCGUAGAGAAUGUACUAAGACUUCUGAAGAGGCCGAGGACAAGUGCAACCUUCCUGACCCCAUUCCUACGAAAGCACUUACAGCAGCUUGUCCUUAUAUGCGUAUACAUACAUACUGUACAUACAUCUAUGUCAAAUGUUAUAUAAAUAUACUUAUAUGUUUUUAUAUGGAUUUUAUAUGGUAUACUACAUGCAUAUGUAAUUGCUGCACAUGUGUUUGUACCUCUUUGCUAUUUCUCACUUUCAACUGCUGGAAUUAUAAUAUAUAUAUAUAUAUAUAUAUGCUUAAUGUAUACAGGGUUUUGUCAGGCUGUUUUUGAUAUCCACCUGAAUUCCUGCUAGUAUUUAUGAUGUGACCAAACACAGAGUUGUUUGAAAUGAAGUCUGCUUCGCGAUGGGUGCUCUUGUCGUCUGUUGUAGUUGUGUGGGUGCAGUCUUACAUGCUGAUAUGAUCGGAAACAGAGGGAGAUCAUUAUUUCAAGAGAUUACAAGGUAAGAGGUACAGACACGAAUUAAGUAAUAAUUUUAUAUUCCUUUAUACAUACUGAGAUUACUGUGGAUGUUUAUGGUUGUACUCGAAUGUGUUUCUGGUGGUACUCUGUGCGUGAUGUCACAUUUUAUUCGAUAAAAUAAGCCAGUGCUCAGCGUU